AUGCGAAAUAGUGCCUCAAAUAUGUGCAAAUUUUUACGAUUAGUUUCCGAGAAAUCGCGGAAAUGUAUGAUUGGAAUGAAUGUUAACAAUCAUUUCGCCAAAAAAAAAGGAAAAAAAGCAUUCAAUUAUGCUUCAGAUAGUAACUAUAGCAAUAAGUUUGUACUUGCUGGUAUUGCUUCUGUUGCUAACAUUUUGAACGGAAGCCAUAAUCAUCAGGAAAGGUCAAGGGUCAAGAGAUGA